GCUGAUUGAAAAAUCUUCAAUUCACCGCGUUAGGGCAGCGGUGUCUUCGCGAUACGUUUAUCGAAUUCGUGCGGCGGAAUUGUCACAGCGGCGCCUCCUCGCUAUCAGCGACGUCGAUGACUGGCGAGAUUCUCGGAAUCGGAGCGAGUCGCGGAAUAUGCUGGUUCUGAAAGCGACCGUUGUUAGUUGCUCCCGCAGACGCGUCCGCGUCCUUCCGAGCUUCUUGUCGAGGUGCAAUUCGGCUGCGUCGACCAGUCCCUGUGGCAGAAUGUCGUUCGACGAGGAAAAACAGAAAUUCUUGAACAUGCCGGCGGAGGAGAAGCGAGGUUUCUACAAAGGUAGCGUCACCACCGUGGACCAGGUCCCCACGUGGCCGGAGUACUGGGACAAGAACAAGUCCAGCGUCGCCAGGACCCUCGAGAAGGCGGACAAGGUCGACGAGCAGUUGGCCGGCAAGGUGUCCAUGUGGCAAGGAGACAUAACGUCGCUCGAGAUCGACGCGAUCGUCAACGCCGCAAACUCGAGUCUUCUAGGUGGUGGUGGAGUCGAUGGAGCCAUUCACAGAGCGGCAGGACCGAAUCUGAAGAAGGAGUGUGCGACGUUAGGCGGCUGUCGAGUUGGCGAAGCCAAAAUCACGGGGGGUUACAUGCUCCCGGCCAAAUACGUUAUUCAUACGGUGGGUCCCCAGGGCGAGAAGCCAGAGAAAUUAAGGGAGUGCUACGAGAACAGUUUGGCGCUGGCUAAGGAGAAUCACCUGCGCACCAUCGCGUUCCCCUGCAUAUCGACUGGAAUCUACGGGUACCCGCAGAGGCCCGCGGCCAAGGUGGCCCUGUCCACGGUGAAGAACUUCCUCGUCGAGAAUAAGGACGCCGUGGACAGAGUUAUCUUCUGCUUGUUCCUGAAAACGGACAAGGAGAUCUACGAGGAUUUACUGCAGAAGUAUUUCGGUCUCGAUUAAGUCUAUCAGGUGAAUCUCCCAUUUUUGCAAGUUUCUUUACAAUAUUUAGUGUAAUUUCAUAUAAGGUUGUACCUCUGGUGAUAAAUAUAAAGCAUUAAGUUCUGCAA